UGACGACAGACUUGGGGCGGGUCUGUUCAAUGUAGUUCUCUUCCUGCUUCUCGGCUCUGGUUUCGCCUGAUCAGCUGCUUCAGUCUUCUGUCCGACGAAAGACACAAUGUCACAUCAAACGGGCAUUCAAGCGGGGAAUGAUGUAAAGGACCUCUUUGCCAGUGCCAAGACAGGAGACCAGUAUCGAGUCAUAAAGGUUGUCAUUGAGGAUGAGCAGCUAACUCUGGGCGGUAGCAGGAAAGCAUCUAAGAAGUGGGACCAGGAGUAUGAUUCCUUAGUGCUGCCUUUACUCGAUGAUGAUGUACCCUGCUACAUUCUCUACCGACUGGACUCUACUAACAACCAGGGCUAUGAAUGGAUCCUCCUAGCCUGGUCACCGGACCAUUCAACUGUGCGACAUAAAAUGUUAUAUGCUGCUACCAGAGCGACACUGAAGAAAGAGUUUGGAGGUGGUCACAUUAAGGAUGAGAUUUUUGGUACUGCAAAGGAUGAUUUAAACCUCAGUGGUUACAGGAAAUAUCUGACCUCGCAGGCUGCUCCUUUGCCCCUCACUGCUGCAGAGGAGGAACUGAGACAGAUCAAACUCAAUGAGGUGCAGACGGACAUUAGCGUGGACACCAAGCAGCAGACUUUGCAGGGAGUGGCUUUCCCUAUUCAGAAAGAUGCUGCUGAAGCACUUGUACGUUUUAGGGAGAAGAAAAUCAACUAUGUACAACUGAAAAUAGAUGCUGAAAAAGAGAUGAUUUACUUGUGCAACACUGAGCCAACGGAGUUGAAAGACCUGCCAAAAAGAAUCCCUAAAGAUUCUCCACGCUACCACUUCUUUCUGUACAAACAUUCCCACGAAGGCGACUACUUGGAGUCCACGGUCUUCAUCUAUUCCAUGCCUGGGUACAAGUGUAGCAUCCGAGAGAGGAUGCUGUAUUCCAGCUGCAAAAAUAACCUGGUUGACAUGGUGGAAGACAAGCUGCAGAUUGAGAUAGAAAAAAAGCUGGAAAUCGAGAAUGGGGAUGAACUGACAAGUGAUUUCCUUUACGAAGAGGUGCAUCCCAAGCAGCACGCACACAAGCAGGCCUUCGCCAAGCCCAAAGGCCCUGCUGGUAAGAGAGGCGGCCGCCGCAUCACCCGACCACCCGGCGAGGGAGAGGAGGAAGAUUAAACAGACCUCAGCACCAGAGCACCGCCUCCACCCAGAGCACGUUCCACAGUGGAACAUAACUGUGAUGGGAGGGAGAAAUCAUAUUUGACACAAGAGAAUAAGACGACAACCUCAACAUCCCAGAGUUCCCCCAGAGACCCAACUAUGCACGCCAAGGACAACUGAGCAAUGACACACUUUGGAAUUUCCAUUUGUAGCUUGCCAAAUGGAAGCAUAUUUAUGUAUGUUAGUACAUUCACAAAAAAAAAAGCUUAAGUAUGAUUCAACAGGGCCCAAAGUCAAAGUGGAGGUUUUAACAUCGACACUUUAAAAAUGUUAGUAUGACUAAUGUGAACCUGCGCCAAUAUGAUAAAAUUCCCAUUUUUAGUUCACAUGCUUGAAUUCCUAACUUGCAUUCCUUAAGUCUGUGUCAAUUAAUGUUUUUGUGUCUAAUGUGUAGAACAUUUGUCUCCUUCUAUUUGCACAAUGAGGUGCUCCAAAGUGGAAAAGAUUAUAGUUAGCCCACUUGUGUUUGAUUUCAUUUUAACUGCAUUUUAUAAUGAGAAUUGACUUCUUUUUUGAUAUAACUGUGGUUUACAUGAAAAAAAAAAAUCAUCUGCUGAGAAACUUAUUUUUCUAUGCAAGUGCUGUAAAUGUACAUAUUGUAGCUGUGUGAUGCUCUAUGAAUAAGAAACAGUUUGGUCUGUUUUGGUGAUUGUGAAUGUCAGUGAGGGUUACAGUGGAAAGAACUGGGGCUUCCAGAAAUAUUCCAUCAAUACAUCUCAGAUUUCACAAAGAGGAAGCUAAUCAAACUUGGGUUCCCACUGAAAUUGGGAACACCAGGAUACUGGAUAGGAAAAGGGAAAAAGGAAAUACCACCUAGUACCUUGAUUAAAAUAUUGCUACAUCCACUGGUCUGCUCAUUAAUAUUAGGCAAAGUACUAAGCUCACCUCAUGUGUAAAGGGAAAAUCCCUUUAUAUUCAUACAAUGUCAUGAUAAUGGAGAAAAAAUCAAAACAUGUUUGGUCUUAUUUGUUUUCUUACAAAGCUUUCUUUUAAAGAUGAAAAAUAAAAUAUUUAAAUCAU